UACUAGCCCCUGGUGCUGCCCUUCGGGAUAGAAUCUCGGGUAUUGACAGAAGUUUUAAAAUACAAUAUGAUUUGAUGGCAUGAUGACUCGCUGGACAGAACGGAAUAUUUGGGGCGCGGAGAACGAGCAAACAGAAGCUGUAGUUAAUGUCAGUGGCUCCAGCAGAAUACUAUGCAGCUUUUUGUGCUCAGAUCCUUCGGGAAGGACGUUCCUGUUAAUGUUUGUCAGACUUCAUAACCCUCAGAGAGAAGUUCACCCAAAUAUACCAGCGCACCACGGCUAGAAAAUACCCGGAUACUAGCUGAAAGAUGAUCCGGUUCUUGGACCAAGGUGUAGGUCUGGACCUUGGCAUUUCUCCACCGGAACUCACCGAAUGUCUCCUAUUCAGCAUCAGAGCUCGGUGUGACAACAGUACAGCACGUCGCAGGAACUGGGGACCCCUCUGUGAGGCACUUCUCACUGCCUUGGACGUGCCUAGGCUGAGACUGACAUUACAGACUGAAGAGGACCCAACAUGGAGGGAUCAAGCCAAAAGAAAGCCUGUGGGAAGAGCUUAUGCUGUUGUCUCAUCCCGGAACAGCGGAGAUGAACCGUGGGACUGGGAGCAGGAUCGACCAGCCAACGAAGCCAGCAAAGCAUACCUGAUGUACGAGCCAGACAUCAAAGGCAAAGCCCCCACUACCCAGGAGAGUCCCCUCAGACAGCUUCAGAUGGAACUUGCACAGUUUAAGGAGGUGAGGCAUUCCAUGGAGAUAAUCCGACAGAAUCUUUCUGCAGGGAUGAGUGGAUCGCAGUUCAACGUUCCGGAUUAUUACACCAAGCCUGAGAUGGACACCCGGGAGCAGGAGACAGAGCAGAUGCGGGAGGCCACACGGAGGCUCUACAGGAAGCUGAUGGAUGCUGAGGGGAGACAUGAGAGGGAGACAAAACUCUUGGAGGAUCAGGCUAGCCUGUACAAAAAGCAGCUGGGAGAGACCAGGCAAUUGCUACAGAGUUCAGAGGAGACGGUGGUCCAGCAGGAUAGGCGGAUUGAGGAACUCCAGCGGUUGAUGGCCGGAAUGGAACAGGAGCACCGGAUUCUGGUCACCAAGAUGGAGGAGAGCGAGAGGCAGCUGGGGGAGAUGAGGACACGGAGGCAGGAUGCUGAGGCCCAUCAGCACAGGUCGGAGCAGCUAGAGAACGAGGUAAAGACCCUGCGGGAGAAGAUCUCCCACCUCAGUGACAUGUUGCAGAGCCAACAGAGGAAAGUCCGGCAGAUGAUUGAACAGCUUCAGUCCUCCAGAAGUCAGAUUGAGGAGAAGGACCUGUUGAUCCAGCAGCUGCAGGAGAGAGUUGAGCAUCUGGAGUCUGAGAAUCAGGAGUUGCAGGAUCGAGCAGAGUACCUCAGCUCCAGCAAGGGCAUACCCCAUCACAGCCUGACCAAGAGCAGUGCCCAGGCACUUCCGGACCAGCACAGCCUCAGUAACAGACUUAUCCUGGAACCAAAGAAACCCAGAGCGUUGAUGCGGGUGUUGGAAAGGCAGUGAUAUUCUUCUCAGCUUUCAGACAGCCACCGCAAAGAACUUCUGGAUGUGGAAAGCCACAGCUCUUGAGUCAAGCUUAUCAUCUGGAGGAGGCAGACUUUAGCAAAUGGCACUGGUUCGACACCCAGUGAAACUCCUCCUACACAGUUCCCUCACAUUCUCAGGGCAGCGUGGUUGAAGGAGCAACUCCAAGUUUUGCCUGUACUCAGCCUCUUGUUCCUGAUCUUUGGACAUCCAGUGGAGAGUAGUCAGACAGAGGAUUUCCUCCUGAGCCCGAAUGGCUGCCCUUGUUCGGGAGAUAGUCAUCUCUGGUGUUUCUGGAGGAGGAGCACUUAGUGACUGGUGGCCUUAUGGGACCAAGUGGCCAGUGGCUAGAGUUGAUGCUGGAUAGAUAUGAGGUCAUUUUAAUUUGAAAAGAAUGUGAAUUUUGUAAAUGCUUAAAUAUAAAUUUGUCAAUAAACUUUAUUUUAAAGAAAAACAAAUUAGAAACAGCAAGUUGGCCUUGACCUAAUAUUGGGUCCACAUUGGUUAGAAGUUCCAUGUCACUGCUGUGAAAGUCGGUGCUUAAGCCCAAACAGCAUAGGUGAACACGACAGCUCCCAAAUAGCAACAGUGGGUAUUGGUAACCCACCUCCAUGUUUCUGGUUGAAGGGCAUCACAGUUAACAUAGCAAUUAAUGUGAUAUUAUUACAGCCCAGGGCGUUGGAGUUCAGAGUUCUAUUCCAAUGUCAUACACAAGGACCCUGUGGAGUACGUGGGUUUUCUCCAGGUGCUUCAGUUUCCUCUCACAGUCCAAAGACAUACUGGUUAAUAGGUGAAUUGGUCAUUGUAAACUGCCCUGUGAUUAGGCUAGGAUUAAAUCAGGGGUUGCUGGGCAGUGUGGGGCAAAAAGCCUGCUCUGCAUUGUAUCUCAAUAAA